AUGGCGAAGAUGCUAAGGAAAGACAUCGUUUUGUUUGUACUUCUUCUGGUAGUGUUUGAGGUUCAAACUUGUUUGGGAGUUAUCAAUCGAUCAAGUUUCCCCCAAGGUUUUGUUUUUGGGACGGCUUCCUCUGCUUACCAGUAUGAAGGAGCGGUAAACACAGACGGAAGAGGUCCCACUAUCUGGGACAAAUUCGCGCAUUCAUUUGGCAAAGUACUUGAUUUCAGCAAUGCUGAUGUAGCAGUGGAUCAAUAUCAUCGGUACAAUGAGGAUAUAAAACUCAUGAAGGACAUGGGAAUGGAUGCCUACCGGUUUUCUAUAGCUUGGACUAGGCUUUUUCCCAAUGGAACAGGGCAACUGAAUCAAGCUGGAGUUGAUCAUUACAACAAUUUCAUCAACGCUUUACUUGCCAAUGGUGCCAUUUUUACUAGUCUCAUUACAUAUGAAAUGCUACAAGUUUUUGUUGUUUCCGCGAAUACUAAAAACGUCAAAUUGGUUAUCAUUGUUGCAGGAAUUGAACCUUAUGUGACAAUCUACCACUGGGAUCUUCCCCAAGCACUGGAUGAUAAAUAUAAAGGAUGGCUAAGUCCUCAAAUUAUCAAUGACUUUGCUGUGUUUGCUGAGACGUGUUUUAAAAAAUUUGGCGAUCGAGUGAAGCAUUGGAUCACUUUUAAUGAGCCUCACACAUUCACGGUCCAAGGUUAUGAUGUCGGACUUCAAGCUCCCGGCAGAUGCUCAAUCCUUCUCGGCGCAUUCUGUCCUGCUGGAAACUCUGCUACUGAGCCUUACAUAGUGGCACACAAUGUUCUGCUUACUCAUUCAACUGUGGUGGACAUUUACAAGAGAAAAUACAAGCCUACUCAGAAAGGUAUGAUUGGUAUCUCAUUAGAUUCUUUCUGGUAUGAACCUGCAUCAAACUCCAGUGAAGACAUUGCAGCACAAGGGAGAGCACUUGACUUCAACCUGGGAUGGUUUCUGGAGCCUUUGAUUACGGGGGAUUAUCCAGCGUCUAUGAGAACGAGAGUCGGAAAAAGGUUGCCAAAAUUUUCUCAAGCUCAGUCAGCAGCUCUAAAGGGUUCUUUUGAUUUCAUUGGCAUAAAUCACUACACCACUUGGUACGUCGAAAAUAACAACACCAACAUUAUUGGAGUUCUUCUCAAUGAUUCUGUUGCAGACAGUGGCACGUCUACCCUCCCAUUUAAGGGAUUGAAGCCAAUCGCAGACAGAGCAAAUUCAAUCUGGCUAUACAUAGUUCCUCAAGGGAUUAGAAACCUGAUGAAUUACAUCAGGACAAAGUAUGGAAAUCCUCUCGUCAUCAUCACUGAAAACGGAAUGGAUGACGGAAAUCCGCCAUUUAAUCCUAUAAAAAACGCUGUUAAGGAUGAGAAGAGGAUCAAAUACCACAAUGAUUACCUCACAGAGUUGUUGGCCUCGAUCGAAGAGGAUGGAUGCAAUGUGAAUGGAUAUUUCGUGUGGUCACUGUUAGAUAACUGGGAAUGGGGAGCUGGAUACAGUUCCCGAUUCGGUCUAUACUAUGUUGAUUACAAUGAUAAACUAAAGAGAUAUCCUAAGGAUUCUGUUAAGUGGUUCAAGAAUUUCUUGACUUCUUAA